AAAUCCAUUAAAUUGAAAUUCCAUUUUAUUAUUUUGCACAAUUUUUAUCGAAAGUUUGAAGUUGGGAUCAACUUGGGGAAUUUACUACAUAAAACAACCCCCGCAAGCUUUAGAGUUUCGUUUCGAAGUUCUUUGUUUGAGUCAAGAGAAAAUGGCGACCAGUUUUCCCAAAAUGGCUGACAAUCCUAUGCGGGAGGUUCUCUGUCUCUGGUUGUCGCAGAUCAUAAAAUGAGACAGAGGUUCACGUAGUGCGGUGGAGAGACCACGGAAGCUUCUCUGCGUCGCUACGUUUCCCCCUUUUCCCCUUCACGCAAUCCCUACCACCCCACCGCGACCAUUAUGACAAUCCAUCGAACAGCAGUCGGCUGUCGGUCGCGGUGACAUAAGUUUCGUUCUCGUGAGUGUUUUUACGUUGUAAUCGUCAAGCUCAUCGACACUUCCGUGAUUUAUUCAAUUAUUUGACGUGCGAUGAACAUAAUAAACAAUAGAUAUGACCGUGAACACUAGUUAUUGACGCCAUUGGACCCGAAAAUGUGAGGAACCUCACGUCGAAUUUAUUAUUUGCGUUUUAAUUUUUUUUUGAGGAGAAAAAUUAUUGAAAAAUCAGUGCUUUUUUUAUUUCUUACGAAUGAUAAUUAAUUUUUCUUGAAUAUAAUCAAUAAUAUAUUAUUUUUAACUCUUAGUCAAAAAAUAUUGGAGUGUUCAAGUGGUGAUUGACGAACAUUUGAUCGAAAAUCAGUGAGAUUCUUUGUGAGUGAGAGCCUUUGAAAAACCGUGUUUUCAAAGUAAAAAUAAUUCAAGUGUUUUGAUCCCGAGUUAUUCUGCGAAGGCCUCAACCUAUGGAGCAUUACCUUCUCCUAUAGAAGAAUCCAGCCAAAUUAAUGCUCGAUGGCGCGCGCUGGUACGCAGCGCUGGAGAAAUCCCGCCCCGGAAGGUGACGAUGUUCAACGAUCGAUCGAACUGCUGGACAAGGUGCUCUCCGAGUACGACGAGCACGGUACAGAGAAUAGUGGAGUCAGUGAGAUUGAGACUGGGGGUGAGGAAGGUAGCAGCGCCUCGGGCGUCGGUGAAGCCGUUGAUGAGGGCGACGCCGACGCCGAUGGGGAGGCACGUCGUGGCAGCAGUACUGAGCCAAGCAUCGGCCUCACACCAGACGACGAGAGCCCUUCUCUAGGGCAUCAGUCCGAAGACGACGGCUACAUGAGUAUGAACGGUAGAAAAGCAAAAAUGGCAUUGGUAGUACUUCGUCCCGUGCCGGAUUGCCCCGAGCCCCAGGAGUCAUCAAACACGACGAAUAAUGAGUUUCCACCGCCGCCGGAAGAGGCUGAACGCAUUAUCUCCACACUCCUACCCAUUGUCUCACCGGGCAAUACCUCGAAACGUCGCAGCACCGGUACUAAAAAUUCACGCAGAUGUGACAAACAGGCGGAAGAGUCAAAUCGUAGUCGUCAUCAUCGUGGGUACACCGUGACGAUUCAAACAACUCUCCCAAAAACACGUCGUCGAAAGUUGCACAGCUUAUGGGAACGUGCCUCGUCCUCCGACACUCGUCGCACCUCUGCUUCAAAAUUCUCCAGUCUUCCCCACGACGUUCCCAUCACGUAUGACUGGAUCUUCGCUUCGACUCCCACUUACGUCCCUCCUUCUGCCUUCUCCCAUGAACGACAUCGGAGAAGACGAUCUUCCAACCAUUCUGAUCCUCCAAAUCCCCUGAACCAUCAGAACGAUCACCAAAACGACGUCGGUGAUCACCAGAACGAUCUCAAAGAUCAUCAAAACCCUCGAUCUCCCUCCAAAGAGCAUUCUUCGUACCACACCACCGACGUUCCUCUCCCGAAUCCCUCCCACAAUCCCAAAGAAGACGAUUACGAUGACGAGGAGGAUGAGAACGAAGAAGAAGUUGAUGAAGAUGACGAGGAAAGAGCUGAUGAGGGUGACGAUGAUUCUCGAGUCGAGCAGAAUCACUCGGACUCGAGUUGUGAUGGCAGAUUCUCAAGAAGACGCCGGAGAAAACGAAAGGGAUUGGGUCGUGGUGCAUCGGAGUCCGAGUCCGAGCGUUACUCAAUGCCUAGAUCAUCAUCAGUAUCGGUGGAGCGUUUUUCUAUGCGCGCAAACUGCGACUCUUCCGAUUUUUCUCGCGCUAAUUCCACCUCUAACGAGAGGUUUCACUCGGAUUUUUCGCUUGCCGUUGCCUCGGCCAGCUCCAAUGAUCGAGUCUCUGCACCGACCUCUGAUCCUUUUUCAAUCAGGCAUCUGGAUUUUGCAACUUCGGCUUUCUCUCUAGGAAGAGCUGACUCAUGCUCGGAGAGGUUCUCCGAUGUUUACUCCAAGAAUUCCGACUUUUCGACGAGAAAUUCAACGGACUUCAGAACACAGAGCGAGGAGGAGGAGAGAUUCAGUGACGACUCGCUGGAGGAGAUGCUGAGAACAGUACCACCGCCCCCACCACCUCCACCACCAAUGCCACCACAGCCGAGUGUCUGCAAGAGGCACUCAAUCGCAUGGGAGGUCUCUUUGGAUGAAGAUCCGUUGUAUGCACCGGGGAGUACGAAAGUCGUUGGCAGACGGCGGAGGAGGAGCAGUGAUGUCUCGAGUGUCGGUUCAGUCUCAAAACUUCGAGACUUAGAUUUCGACUGGCAAGAGCCACACCGUCGUUCUACAACCGAUGACGACCUGAUUUCUCCUUACUCCGCGGACUCUUCCACCAACGAGCUUGAUCACCCCCUCUCAAAGCGUGAUUAUCCCACCAAGAAUGGAACCUACGUCAUUAGAGGACGCACCAGAAAGCGCGAGCGCAAGCCCCUCAACAUCUCCCCAGGUGGUACCAAGAGCCGAAAGGAUCCUCCAGAUGGCAGCAUCCUCAAGCGUUACUCUAACACUUUUGAUGACAUCAAGAGUUUGCUGAGGGAGGGCCGAUUGGAGGGCCUGAACGAGCCACCGCCUGACUUUGUACCCCCAGUGCCACCAGAUCUCGUCAGGGUCCUCUCUCUUCCCGCCUUUGACGAUGACAAGUCACCAGAGGACGAUCUCUCUUGUCACUCCAGACGACACCAACAUAAUCUUAAUAAUUUGGAGGAUUAUCUGUCAUCAUCGUCGUCAGCCUCUUCACCACCACCUCCAGCACCCGAUCUCAAGUCCAGGUGUAAUGGUGUCGCCACCAGGGGGUCUCUACCAAUGUCCAAAAGCUUGGACAUUCAGAGUAGCAGACACGAGCCCGAUGACAUCCGAAAAAUUAAUAAAAGAGCUUCAUCCAUUUCCAAGAAGGAUAAUCGUUUUGAACCCUCGAAAAUUCCGGUGAAUGUUCUGAUCGAAGAUCAAAUCGUCAAAAAGGCAUUGAAUGAGAAUCGGCGACAGCUGGAGAAGGUCAGUGAUGCGAUCAAAGAGAUUGAGAGUGUGAAGAAUAGCGAGAAUUUUGUUGACGCCAAGAGGAGAAGUGGGAGGAGGGAUGAAGAGGAGGAGGAGGAUGCGGGAGAGACUGGGGAGGAUGAAUUUGAUGGGAGGAGGGAGAGGCUCGAGGAAAUCGUUUAUGGAUCGGGCAGGAGACUCAAGGAGGUAGAGGCGCUAGGAAAGAAUGAUCAGAGGCAGAUCGAAAAUGUCAUUGAUGCCAUUUUGGAAGACUCAAAAAAUCCGGAUUUCCAGGUUAGCGUCGAAGUCCUGGAAUUCCCUCCACUCCCGCCCUCUCCGGUGGAAGAGGCUGACGAGGAGUCUUCGGACAUUGCAAUCCCUCCAGUGGUGAUCACUAGCCACUACGGAUCCCACAGAACGCGCCCAACUCGAACGAUUGAGUACAGACCACGAGUACCCCCACAUCGAACAGCACUGGACUUAAAGGAUCACAGAACAUCUUUGGACACAACUAGAUCUAUGGAUGCUGGCUAUACCAGGGGUAGGAGGACACCUACAGUUCAAUCGAACUCCAGACGAGACGUUCCUGUGGAGAGACGAACACUUCCCACUGAUCUUCCAGGCCCAUCUCGGCGAAGAACAUCGACCAGGGCCUCACCCUCUGGUGAUAAUCCCAUGGGGACUCCACUCAUGGGCACAAUUGCACCACCAAGCAACUCCGGAAUGCAAACAUCAUGUUCACUACCUGAAACUCCAGUUUUCGCUCGGGGCAGUGACAUCACCAGGACCCCACAGCAUACUUCAGGGAAUACUUUGUCAACGACAACUUCAACAAAUUCAACGGCUGCAACCCAGCCCAGGAGACAACCCGGAUGGUAUGCACCCACUACUGCCACCACCGGAGGGUACAGACGGAACAAUCCAGGCCUGGAACAAGCGAUAAUUGGUACCGAACUACUUCGCCUAGCUGGUGGACCAAAUCGUGGAUGGUAUCCAACUCGUAGAGCUGGUAAUCAACCACGUCCAGCGUCAAUAGAACACUUAGAGCGUCUUAACAGUGCCUACGAGUCUCGUCUACCAACAACUGGAGAACAGAGGAAACCACUGACACUACCAACUAACAUCACGCCCAACAAAUACUUCGGUCAAAGAAGUGGAAAGGAGGCCAAGGGGUCAGGCAAGGACAAUGUAUUUCCAUCAGGUCCUUACUCCGGUGGCGAGCCAAGCGAUGCACCAAAGAAAAAGGGUUUCUUCAAGAACUUUUGGAAGCGUUCACGCCACUACUCCCUCGAGAAUCAAUAGCCCCGGUGUUACGUCUCGAUGGCAGCUAGAGCCAACCGAAACGACACGUCUUCAUCACGUCGUCAAUCCAAUAACACUAAAAAUAAUCAACGCAAUCACAAUAAUAAUAAUCAGCAGCUACAAUUAACGACUGCCAGUAUCAUUGAAAAUCCAUGCUGCUGCAUUGCCCAGUGACUUCGGAUACAUGUGAUUACGUUUAUCAGUUUGAGUUAUCAGAGGAACAGACGGAAAAAAAUCAAACUGUUCCAGAAUUAAAUGGAAAUUGUUUCUGUUUACCAUUUUGCACCUAGAGAGUAUCGCUGGCUUUAAGGGACUUCGAGGAAGUUUAAAUCGUCUCAGAGUGCCCUGUCAUGGCCGAACAAAGGGGAAGAGAAGAUAAAUUCUCAAAGGAGCCGAGAAAAAAAAUGUCGAAUUCUUUAUCGGAGCGCAAAAGAAAAAAGAAGAGUUUUAGACCGGAAAGUGGUGUGUGAGUGUAACUGUGCGUGUGUUCUAUGUGUGUAUGUUGGUUGAUACUGGCCCGAGGCACUUCUAGAUAAAACUUCAAAAAUUCUCCCCUCUCUCGAGACAAUUAAAACAAUUUUCUUAAUAACUACAAAUCCCCAAAAAACCGACAAUUAAACGAAAUUAACCAUUAAAUAAACAAUGAGUGAUUCUAAAUAGUGAUAAUUCUCUUAACGAUUAAUUGAAAACUGUACUCCAUUGAUAAUUAAUUAAUGCAUUAAUAUAUGAAAUCAUUAGAGAAUAAAUCGAUACUUAAAUUAAUUUAUUCAGUCUCAGGACCAUUGACGAGACUAUUGAGGAUACGAGGAGGAGAUAUUUUUUCAUUAUGAGAAUUAAAAGAAGAAGAAAGGGGGAAUUAUUGAUGAGCAAUCGUGUUGUAUUGAUUAAAUAAGAAUGUUAUCAUGCACUAAUACUAGUCGAAACAAGAUGCAAUAUAUUUAUCCGCCUUUGCUGCAGAAGUAAUGAUCGAGGAAUAAUAAUUAAUUAAUUAAUAACUAAAUAAAUUAAGUACUGAGUGGAAAAACUGUGAGAUAUAGGUUUUUGUUUUUUUUUUUUUCAGGAUAUCCAAGUACAUUGAUCCUGACUUCCCAAGAGAAAUUGAAUGACUUUACUGUCAGAACUUUUUAAUAAAUCUUAUUUUAAAUCUCGCUGAAUCAUUUAUGUGUCAUUUUUUAAUCCGAAAAAAGGCAGUUCACUUUUUUUCUCGAUUUGUUCUGGAUAGUAACAAAUUUAUCAAGACUUGGAUAUUCUUAUGGAAAGGUUGUAAUUCAAUUAAUGACUAAUUAAGUGUAAUUAGGGGGCUGUGGAAGGUGUAAGCUGUAUACUUUUGUUGUUUUUAAGGGAUAACAACGACACUGUUGUUUAUCACUGGUCGUUGCUGACGUUACAAUCAUUGAUUCUGGAAAUUGAAGGAAAAUUCAGAGAAAUUUUCAAAUUUUCUCGCGCAUGAUGAAUUUUGAAUCAAUGUUUCGCGGGAAAUAUUGAAUUUUCUUUAUUUUUCACUCAAGAACGGAAUUUUACCGUUGUGGAUAUGUGUACAUGAAGGUGGUAGAGAUAAGUAAUAGCCGAUGGUUAUGCCGCAGCAUUGAGAGAAGGCAUUCUUCGCACGUUCCCCGUUUUUUUGUUGUUGUACAAGUGUGAUAGCUUCUGUGUGAUUGUGUGAAUGAGGAAAGUGAGUGGCUCAAUGGGAAUAAUGGGUCGAGGAUUUUUCCGGCAUUUUACGGGCUUAAAUAGGGUUUGAGGAUGGUAAAAUUAUAACAUACCAAUAUUCCAAAAUUUUUUGAACAAUCGACCUCGACGAAGAGGAAGUCAUUGCCCGAUAACGCGAAUUCGUGGGAAAAUAAAUGAGGUAUAGGGAACACCGCGCUACAAAUGUCAAAAUCUUCGGAAAAAUCACCAAUCCAUCGAGAUACGCAAUAAAUCAUUCCAUUUAAUUCUUAUUGAAUCACUCAAUAUUAUUUUAAAUACCCGGAGGUAUUAACUAACUAAAUUAACUACAUAUUUGAAAGAAGCAAUGAGAGACAACCCUAUUCUAAGAACAACUUCAAUAAUGAGGAAGAAAAAUGAAUAAAUAAUAUUGCUAGUAUUAACAAACAAUUGUGGAUACCCGACCCAAGUACCGAACUACAUGCCUUAACUGUAGAGAAAUAAAAAAAAUGUGAAAAAAGGAAGGAAAAAAAAUUGAUAGAGGUUCGAGAGUUAAUAAUUAUUUAUGUAACGAUUGAAAUUGACUAAUGAUCCUGGCGCACAUUUUCUCGUCUUCGACCCUCACGACAAUUAGAUGGAAAAAAUGAAAUGGAGUCGGUAAAUGAUAAACAUAAGAGUAAAAAUUGAAGAAAACUUCAAUUACGCGAAAGGAGAGAUUUUUUUAUCUUUUGUGAGCUGUGUUAAUUAGUGAGUAGAAUCAUGUUUUUUAUCUCUGAUCGAAAAAUAUAAUUCAUUGAUUGAUUAUGACGGAUUAAUUAUUUCGGCAGUAUAUUAUUAUCAGCGGAUAGUUCAUAAGAUCAAGGGUGACAAAUGACUCUUUCCAACCCCUCCUACUUCUUGUUUGAAAUUCAGGAGUCCUCUGAAUAAUUACCCUGAUAGAUAAACAAAAUAUCUCGUUGCCUGAACUAAUAAUUCUACCCACAAUCAAUCAACGAUUACCAAGACAUACUAAUUAAUAAUAAAACGUUUCUCGAAGUAUUUUGUGUAUAAACAAUAAAAUAAUCAAUGAAUUGUCAUGAAAAAAUUAUCAACAACCAUUUAUCAAUUUCCAUUGAUCAACUCGCAAUUGAUUGAUUCCAUCAAUCACUCACUCGUACUUAAGACUAAAGCAUUGUAAAUAAACCAAAUCAAUUAAUUUAGUAAUUUUUUAUGUUCAUUGUAAUCACGGUGAGUUAAUUCCCUCCAUCACAAAUAUUAAAAUCAUCAAAUCAAUUAAUUAGAAUUCAUCACGAGUCACCACCAAUGAUUAAGUACAAAAUCGAGUGAAGAAUUGGAUUUAUUUGCUUAUGAAAUAAGUAAUUUCAUAAUCUAAUUAAUUUAAAUUAAUAACAUUCAACAUCGACUUGAUACUUAUGGAUCAUCAAUCACGAAUAUUUCAUCAAUAAUCAUUAUUAGCAUAGUAAUUCGUCAAUAAUGAAUUUAAUUAAUUAAUUAAUUGUAUUUAUUCAUAACUAAAUGAAUUCAAUUUAAUGAUCAACAUCAUGAAGAGUUGUGAUGAGUGGGGAAUUUUUUUUUACAAUUAAAGAUGAGACGGGAAAUUAACUGAUGAAACGUAAAACUGUAAAGAUGAAUGAUCAUUUGAUGAUAAUCACCACCGAUGAUGUUAAGAUUUAAUCAUUAAUUAGGAUGGAUUGAAUGAUUAAUGCAAUGUACUGACCCCUCAUGCGAUGGAUUUGUAAGCCAAAGUAAUGUUAUAAGAGGAAGAUAAUUGUAGCGUUUAACAAAAUGCGAAAUAUACAUAUAUGGUAUUCAUUUUGUUGACUUAAUUAGUGAGACUAAUCAUGUGUUUUAUAUCUGGCUUGGAAAAUUUAUUGAUUAUGGCACGAUUAAUUAAUUCAACGCUCAUGACAUCGGUUACGAGGGUCCAAAUCCCUUAUUUGAUCGUGUCAUAGUUCUUUUCAUCCAUAAAAAAUCAAGAACAAGGGCGGCCCCCACAUUUAUAUACCAACAUGCAUUUAUCCAUAUCUGCAUGCGGACAAUGUCUAAAAGUCACACAUUCAAAUUUUUGCGGGCUAUAUUUAGUGACUGCUUCAAAGUAUUGCAAAUAUAAAUGUUAGAAAUCAGUAUUUCAAUACGUACCUCACUCAGCUGUAGAAAAAAUCCCCGAAAAAUAUGAAGUUAUGAAAUUAUUUUUUAUUUCGGUUUUCUUUUAUGACAUCACGGGUAAAUGCAGUGAAAUGACUUGAAAAACAAAUUUACAUCACUUUAUACAAAUUUAUUACUCUCUUAAAGACAAUCUUACGGUGAUGUAUGCAAAAAAAACGCCUUACGAAGAACAUAUCGUUUCACAGAGUUACAUCUAAUAUCGGUCAAAAUUUCAAUUCACCUUUCAAAUUCACGCUUUAAAAAAAUCUGAUGAUGAUAUUUAAAAUGGUUCUCUCCAACUCCUCCAAUUCUCACCAUCGUCAAAACGUCCACUCAAUCCCAAGAUCACUGUGUUUAUUACUUGUAUUCCAUUACUUUAAUUAUUUUUUCAAUUUAUAAAAAAAAUUCUUCCUUUUGGAAGCAGAAACAAGAAAAAUGUAAUUUUCUUCGUCGCAGUUCCAGGUGGAGGUGGAGGUAAAUAGAAAGCAGAUUCUGGAGUCUUGUUGAGGGACCUGCGACACUUGACGGGACUGGAAAUAAACAAUUAAUCACUAAAUUAAUCAGGUCUAAGGAUUUUGUGAAGCCCAUAAUUAGCGAAAUCAACAAAAAUUGCAAAAAAACAAAUAGUUCGAGAAAUUAGAGCGUUAUUUUUUUACAAUUAUUAUUUCAAUUUUAUUUCCUUCCUUUUAUCAAUAAAAAUCGUUACAUAGUUUAGGUAGUUUGUUCUGUAUCCUUCAUUAAAUUUAAUUAAAAACAUAUCCAUCAGAUCCAUUCGUCAUGGGCGCUUGGCACAUUGAAAAAUAUUCCAUUGACAAGCAGCCACCGAAAAACGUUUUGCAUUAAUUAGUGGUUUAAUUACUUAAGUUAUAAAUAGUUACUAGCGAGGAUUAGCAGUUUUAGCGAAGAGGUGGUAAGUAGUAAUUAGCAAUUAGCAGUACAGAAAUACAAUAAUUAUUAUUACUUAUUUUCUUACUCAUUUUCAUUCAUUUCAUUUUUUGUAGCUGUGGCUGAGUUAUAUGCAUUGGUGUAUUUAUAAUUUCAUAAGUGAUAUCGAUGAGUCCCUGACGUACACAGAUACGUAGUUAAUUUCUAAUUAAAUGGAAUGAAAUCAUGAAAACAAAGAGCAAGAUUAUUUGAAAAUCACUCAUGUGAAAAUUGAAUGACAAAUUUGUUAGUGAAAACGAAAAUAUCUCGACGGGAAAUCAUUGCAUGAGUAUAACUGCUUGAGAUACUGCCUUUUGAAAAGUUUGAUGAUUCCUUUUAAUGACAGAAAUAUUCUCCGGUGGUGUUCCCCCAUCUCAUCGACGAUUAAAUCCAAAAGAAACGAAAAGAAAAAAAAUGUCACGACUAGGCAUUGCGGUUUAGUUAUCACGUCAAAAGCGGAGUGAACGGGUCUCUCGAGGCGUUUUGUAGUUCUCUGUCAUUCAAGGCAACGGGAAAAAUCCCUAAAAGGCGAACAACUCCAAUGGUUUGAAAUAAAAUGGCAGAAAAAAAGAGGAAAUUGUGUCGUUUAUUUGACACACUUUGCCAUUAGUUUGUGUCCUGGACUCAUUCAACUCCACGAAUGACAAUUUGCUGAGGAAAAAAGAGUCAUUCGAUCGUUGGAAAUAUUCGUUUGGACGUGAAACUAGAAUUUUUAAAUCAUUUCAUAAGAUGACUUUAUGAGUUUCCAAUUUUUUUCCUCAAAAAAAAUUCGCCAAUUAAAUUUGUUUAUUUUGAUUGAUUAAUCAAGCUCAUCGUAUGAGGUCUCGUCAAUAAAAUCAAUUCUAUAUGAAGAAAUUCAUUUGUUUUUUUAAGGCGUUCCCAAUUAUUAAAUUACUCGUUCAAUUGUAUUCACAUCCAAAUGAAAAUUUCCCUAGUAUCCAAAUGUAUAAUUUUCCAUUCCUCACUCCCUUUUCCCCUAAAAAAAGUGAAGAUCCUUUUACAACAGCAACGCAACCCAUACAACACCUCCAGACCUUAUAAUACACUCUAUCCUCAACGAAAAAAAAACACGUCAAUUAUUCAUAAUAGCAAAUGUUUAUUCUUCAUUUAAUUACUUCCACACCUCAAUAAAAAAAAUGUCGCGCCCAAUAAACUGUUAUUACUCAUUACUUCAUUAUCAAUCAUCAUUUCCAUUAAUCUCUUAUCAAUUAGUAUAUCCCAUUGUCAAUAAAAAUCUCAGCAGUUAUGACACAUUGCUCCUUUUUUCAUCUAUCUUAUUACAAUUAGCAAAUAUUAAGACAGUAAAUAGCUAAAAGGGACCAUGUAUUUUCUCAAUUUACCUCGUUCUAUUAUUCCUCCAUUUUUCUUUCUUAAUGCUUUUACGAACGAGAUGUAGAGCCUAACGAUCAUGGGACGCCAUUACCAAAUGAUUUGUUCCAUUUCUAUAUGUUUGAAAUCGGUAAGCGCGUUAUCAUCCAGUGAAGUAAGAAGAUAACGA